AUGUAUUGCCGUCGAAGCUCAGCCUCCCUAGAUCGGAAGACGGCCUGCGUCUGCUCAGGGUGGCUUGGUUUUAGAGAGAAAUCCUUGCCGCUGCUGUCGCUGCCGAUCGACCGUUCGGAAGGCCAGUGCCCAGUCAACGAGAAAGCUGAAGGCAAGCCCUUCCCAUUUUCUGUGGGCGGCAAGAAGACGGAGGGAGAGGCUGAGUCCGCGAAAGCGUCGAUGGAACGCGGCGUUGCAGGGGAAAUAGGAGACGGAUCGGUCGGGGAAAUCCCGUCGUUUGUCGUCGACGAGGAGGAGACCACGCUUGCGCUUACAGACGCGAGUGCCUAUGCUCUCGGUAGGCUGCCUCGGUGCGGACGGAGAUUGGCGACCACGACGUUCUACAAGCGAGGCGAGGACGGGCCGAUCGCGGACGCAUGUCGUGCCGAAGCUCAUCGGCAACUUGGAGGCGGCGGAGAACAGCGCGAGAGUCGCGCAUCGACGACCCUGAGAUGUCUGCUAGCGAGGAAAUGGGAGGAAGCGCUACCGAGGCUUGGCGAGCGCGAGUCCGUUCACUCGGGUGUUGGAUAG